AUGAGUUUUGCUGUUGAUAAUUUAAGUACAGAUAAAUGUAUUCUUCUGAACAAAAAAAUUCUCAAAAUUGCAGGACUUUAUCCUAUCAGUUUAAUAAAAUAUGCUAUUUUCUUAUUUUGUUCAUUGUUACUUGUUAUACCAGAAGUGGUGAGAAUUUGUAAAUAUCCUCAUGACUUAGAAGUAAUUCUUGAAACCAGCUCAGUUCUUCUGACGAUGAUUCUUACCAUUUUUAAAUUUACUUUAUGGAUUUUUCAACGAAAAACGCAAAAUUUAAUUGGAUUUUUAUUUAAUUCCUACUGGGAUGUUAUUGUUAGCUUGAAAGAAGUUCAAUGUAUUUACGACCAUGCUUUAAUUGCUAAGAAACUUACUCUCAGCUAUACAUGUUUCAUUAUGAAUGCUGUCAUAGUUUUUUAUUUUAUUCCUAUUCGGCAUAUUUUUUUAAAUAAAUUGUCAGAGUUAACAAUGAAUAAUAAUCAUCAUUAUAAUAUUAGCAUUCAUUUUCCAUUUGCAGCAUCUUAUCCACAAUUUUGUUAUGAAUCUCCAUAUUUUCAAUUUGUUUAUUUUUCUCAAAUAAUUUCUACAUCAAUUUGUGCAUUAAUUACUCUUGGAGUGGAUACUAUAAUAGCUACAGCUAUUUUUUAUGCUUGUGGACAUUUUUCAUGUUUGCAAAAAAAAUUAGAAAAACUCAAUUUUCGAUUUAAUGUUAAUACAAAAUUAAUUAAUUACAUUAAACAUCAUAAAAUUGCUCUUAGAUUUUCUGAACAAAUUGAAGAAACAUUUAAUUCUAUAAUACUUUUACAAGUGUUAGCAAGCAGUCUCAUAAUUUGUUUAGUUGGAUUUCAAGUAAAUUCUAGAAUGUCUCAAAGUGAUAAACUCAUGGAAUAUCUAUCCUAUUUAUUGAUGGCUCUUUUUCAAUUGAUAUUAUUCUGUUGGCCUGGAGAUAAAUUAAUCAAGUAUAGUUCAAUCAUAAGUAAUGCAAUCUAUUCAACAAAUUGGUAUGAGAGCAAAGAACCAGUUAAGAUUGAAAUUAUUACCUUAAUUCAUCGAGCACAAAAGCCUUGUUUUUUAACAGCUGGCAAAUUUCAACAGAUGUCUUUGGAAAGUUUUAAUACAAUACUAAGUACCUCACUAUCAUACUUUAUGCUUCUUAAACAUUUUGAUUCUGAUGAGACAUAA